UCGUCCGAUCACAGCUGAACUCCCUUCCACCCUCGGGCAGGCCCCUGCACGUUCCAGCCGUCCAUCCAGAGGGGGAAUGUGGUGUUGGGCGUUCGCGCUUUUCCUCGUCUCUGGUUUCUUCACGGUCGUCUCGGAAACGAGGAAUCAUCGCACCUUUACCGCGGGGGAGCUGGCGGUAUUGCAGGCAGAAGGAAUUCUGGACAACAUUGAACAAUACAACUUCGAAAGUGGGCAGGACGUCAAGCUCUUCUGCACUCUGACUGACGCUGGGUUAACCGAGGGACUCGCUACCUCUGAUCUCAGAUUCGAGACAUCGUCUGAUGACGUCGUAAAACCUGACUCCACGUUGAACGAAACAACGGUGUCCUUAAUCGUUGCUAAUGCUUCGGCGGAAGAUUCCGGCCGAUACUAUUGUGGGAACGUUUCCGGAGAAGAAAACUUGACCAUGCUUGAUAAUGUAUACUUGAAGAUCGGCUUUCCACCGCAGGAGCUGAAAUACUGGCGUUGUUGGUCGAAGGAGUUGGAGUUAUUCUAUUGCAAUUGGACAAAACCAGAGAAUCCCGUUCAGACGGAUUACUUUUUCUACAUCCAGACCGAUGGGACGACGAUGACAGAAUGCCGGCAGAAGAACUCAAACGUAGAGGAAUGCGAGGCGCUGAAAGGCCAGACUCCUGCUUAUUCUCCGAGUAAGACAGAAAUGAACAUCACAGUGGAUGCCCAGAAUUUGCUCGGAAACCGAACCUUCACUUAUCCCUUCGAUCACUACCGGAACAGUGAGUCUGGAUCCUUCUCCAAUUCUCCUGAUAAGCACCAUCUCGUCAUUGCCAAAGGUACAUUUGAUGCCAUAAACACAGUUAAGAUCGAGGAAUUGGAGAAUGUUGCCGUGCAGACAGUGGAUGCGAAGACCCUGAACGUCACCUGGGAUCUCCCGGCUAACUUGAAGCACUUCAAUGUCUCCAUCAUCCACAGCAUACGCUGGGCAGCCCAGCUCCCGGCUGAGGAGAGCCAACCCGUUAAUGAGGCGAAUUACACGAUCCCAGGAAAGUCUAAGAAAGGGUCCUGGAACUAUACACUGACUGGCCUUAUACCGAACACCGUAUAUGAUGUUUGGAUGAGGGCCAUUGUCGCGGAAGCAGCUCACCUUGAUCUCUGGUCCAUUUCUACCGAUGCCGAAAACAAAACCCUGCCGAAAGAGCCGGACAGGAGUCCAGAUGCGCCGCUUGGGAGUUUCCACGUCGAGCUGAUUGAUGACAGCCUCAGGAAUAUCUACCUUUACUGGAUCCCGCUGAAAGACUGGGAGCAUAACUCCGACAACUUUACUUACCAGAUCCUGAGAGAGGACGCAACGAAUGACAAGAAGUACGUGCUGGAAUGGAGGGCACUCGAAGAGGAGAAGACGAGGAAUAUCACCGUGUUUUGGUGUCCUUCCUAUCCUCCCUGGCCCGACUGUGAUUCGAGCAUCAGCUGGACUGUUGUUCCCAAGUCCAAUACCACUUUCGAGCUGGAGUCAACCGAAUCCCUCAAGUUCGCUGUGUCGGCCAACGGAGAAUUCGCGCAGAGUGGAAUGGGCUGGAAGGGGUUCGAAUCUUCUCAAGAACCAGGGCAGGACUCCCUUGUGUUAAUUCUGGUGAUCACUGCAGUUAUUGCUGUGGUCCUGGUCGCAUCAGCUGUACUGGGGGGCAAGAGGUUGUGGAAGCGCUUCCGUAAGAUGGGCGAUGUCGAAGUAACGCUGCCUCCGGCAUUCACUAAAGGAGACAUUAAUCUGAAUGAGACAGGGGAACAACCAAUGCAAGCUUCUCUGGACGAAAUUGAGAACUUUAACGUUAACCAGGCCAUCGCUGCAAACUCACUGCCAGACUUGAAGAGAGAUGUGUCAUCUACUACGAAUUACAUGGUCCCGUUGCACAGAAGAGGGAGCAUAGAAACAGAAACCAUCCCAGACCCUGAAGACCCCUCAAUGCCGACUUUCAUUCGAAGCUCAAAUCCUGCAACCAUCGUAGAGACAUCAUUGGAGUACAUCCAAGUUGGAAUGCAGGAAGUGGAACCUGUGCCCGGCACGGAAGGCUCCACUCCUGGCAGCCCCACAAUCAGGACACCAAGCCUGGUUGACGCAUACGAGCAGUUACAAGAGCCCUUAGAAGAUCCCGGAUAUUCGAUCGUCCGAGAAGGGUACACGUGCCUCGCACCCAGUGAAGGAGAUAUCAAGUACAUCCGUGUUGACAUGGAGGAUGAAGAUAAAGCACAUGACGAAGAACUUGAUGACAACAGGAGUUUCGAAAUGGAUUACGAUGAGUCCCCCGUUGAUAAUGGGGAUCCCAUGAAAAGCCUGGGUAUUGUGGACAGGGAGACACAAGAGAAAGUGCCGACCCCUAGAUACAUUCACGUGAGUGUGAUGUCCGACCAUGGUGGAGGGCCAAUAUGUAUCGGGAUGAACGAUGAACUGGAGAUGAGUCCCCUAGAUAGGGGCCAGGAAGAUGAAGGGGAAUCUCUGCAAGCUGCUGUAUCUUGUGAAAAUACUUAUGUGGAAGCAGGAGCUAUGUCGUAACGCUAAGCACGAGAAAUUUAAAUGAAGGUGAAGCAGAAUUUAUCAAUGUCACUAUGGCUUCCUUGUAAGAACUAGCUAGCAUGAGUCGCCGACAUGAAACUCAGACAGGCUUCUGACGUCUCGUCAUUGUACAAGAAUGGUGUAAAAAUAGAAUGUUAUGUGCUUUCUGCAUUCCGCAUAGAAUUGAAGGAUGAAAGGAGAACCAGGAAAUGUACAAAGUACAAAUGUAAUCACAUUUCAUUGUAUUUCAUCAAUCCCUUCUAUUUGAUCUAGAUCUUCCCGUAUUUUUCUCAAUUUCUCAUCUGAAGUAGAGACUGUCAUUUCGAUAAUGACUGAAAUGAGUAGAAAUAAUCUACAAAAGAUUAACUAAUUCAUUCAGAGCACGAAACAUUAUAUAAGUCAAUCAUAUGACGAAAAGAGUACAACUUAAAGCAAUGGAAGCAGUGAUAAUAUCCCGGACUUCCUCAUUCAACCAUGUUCUGUUCGACUUACUCAACCAUUGAUUCAUUUUCCUUGGCCUCCAUCACCUUAUUUAAAAAAUAAUCGCAAGAAAGAUAAGUAGGUAAAACGCAAUUUUUGGAUGAAUUUUUGGUUAUCUGACUUCCAUAAGAAAAAAAAAUAAAAACUUAUAUUUUUGUAUACCAAGCAAUAUGAAACUCAUAGGUGCCGUCAAGUUAUAAUCA